AUGAUUGGUGAUGCCUGGUUCAAGUCUGCUAUACCAGCAAUUGGCGUUUCAGGAUUUAAAGCGACAGGGAUUUGCCCUUAUGAUCCCAAUGCUGUGCCUGAAUAUUUCUUCAGAAUUUCUGAUGCAUCAAUGGGAAAUGAUAAUUGUGAUGGUCCAACAACUGAAGAAAGGCUCAAGUUAAUAACAUCUAUUCCAUCAUUUAUACCGUCUCGAUCGCCGAGUGGUGAAUUAUUUCAUAAACGCGAAUUAAUGGAUCCACGAGAAUUAUUGGAACAACGCGAAUUAAUGGAACAGCAGGAAUUAUUAGAGCAGCAUAAGCUAAUGGAAAAAAGAAGGUUUCUGGAAGAGCAACAGCAGUACAUAGAAGAUCAAAAACGCGCUUUGAGCAUUACCCGGAGUAUGAAUAGAAGAGAUUUAAUGGAAGUCCAAAAAAAAUCCUUAUUUUCCGGAUUGAUAGGAGAUAGCCGAGGAAAGAAACUGGGAAACAUAACGACAAACAUAUCCAGAAACCAAGCAAUACAUCCAGCUGUAGAAAAAUGGUUCACCGCUAUGGACACUAAAAACGAAGGUAGAAUUUCGUCGAAAGAACUUCAACAAGCCUUCGAAAUUUUUCAAGGAAAACGAUUUUCUGACGCAGCUUGUAAAUUCGUCGUUAGAAUAUUCGAUCUAGAUAAAAACGGUGGAUUGGAUAUUAAAGAAUUCGAAACACUAUACUACCAUAUAAAACUGUGGAUAAACGCUUUCAAUACUUACGAUAAAGCCAGCUCUGGAUUUUUAGACGAAAACGAAUUGGAUUAUGCGUUGAGACUUCUAGAUAUUCAUUUCUCUCCUGAUUUUAUACAUUUUUUAGUAACCAGAAGCAAUCCAAACGCUAAGAAAAUUUCUUUAGAUCAAUACAUCAUAACUUGCAUUCAAAUACAAAAGUUUACCGACGAAUUUAAACGUAGAGAUCCUAAUUACACCGGAAACAUCAAUAUUAAAUAUGAAGACUUUCUCGAAAUGAUACUCAGAUGUUUGUAG